AUGGAGAAAGGACCGGGGUUUCACAAGCGCCAGUUCUACAGCAGCGACAAUCCCAAGUAUGAAGAUAAGCCUACUGGUCCACCACUCGAAGCAGCAUUCUAA